CGGAUCACAGGCCGGCAUACCCGAUCAUGAUGUCGCGUCUUGACACGCGCCACAGAGCAUUGCUGUCAGCCAUCGACGAUUGAUUCGUAGCGCGCUCUAUCUCUCUCUCCAUUUGCUCAUCCCAAGUUUGCUACCACGAUUCCGAUCUUGAAGUUGAUUUCUGUUAAUUCAAUUCAUGCAGAAGUUCAUCUCUCCGAUUCAGAUUACAGACGAUUCCACCAUUCCCAAUCCAUUAUUCCACAUAUUUUAUUCGAAAUUAUUCCCUCUCAAACACUUUUCUUGUUUGAUUAUCCAUCCAUCAAAUUAGAUUGACUGUCAAUCGAUGUUAGAAUCAGCCUUUGAGGAAUGUAUCUAGAUUCUGAUUAAACAACAUCAACACAAUGGUUAGUGAAGUAAACAGUGUUGUUUCGCCCAAAUUCGUCGAGGCCGCGGGCAGUGGGCUCAUCAUAUCUAUUACGGUGACCAUCCAGUCGUUCCUCUCUGCAUCUUCCAUGGAUUCUUAUCUAUCUGAAGAUCUUAGAGACUUAUCGUCUUCACUUAAAGAGCACUCGACCAUUCCUUACAAAUCCCUCAAAACAAUAUGGCUCAGAUCCAAAAAGGAUACUCGACCGGAUUUGUAUUCUCUCCUCUCCGGUUCCAAUUUUCUGUUCACUAGCCCUAAGCCCAGGGAGAAGAGUGAGGAAUUGAAGGUGCGUCUGAAAAAGCUACAGGAAGCUGUUGAGAGGAAGGCAUAUGAUGAAUUGGUGAAGGACAUUACUCCUAAAAAGGGUGUGGAGGAACCUUUUUCUUCGUACAAGGAUCAGUUGGGCUUUGGACUUCAUGUUGUGGUUACAAUGUUCACCGGUUACUUGGUUGGAUAUGCUGCUUUCAGAGCCCUGUUUAACCACAGUCCAGCUAUGAAUGCUGCUGGGGGCAUCCUCGGUUUGGUUGGCGCCAUGCUGGUCGAGACACUUUUGUUCAUACUCAGAUCUUCCUCUAGCCAAGAUCGCCUAUCCCCUUCUUCCCCAUCGGCUACUAAGUUGAAAAUAAAGAAAAAUCAAUAGGCUUCGACUUAAAAGAUACCCAUUUUAUCGUCCACAUUAUAGAACAGAAGCAGAAUAUACUUAUUUUCUUGCAGGAUUUAAAACAAAGAGCAUCCAUCCGCCGGAGCUCUUCUUUUUUUUUAAAGUGUUUUUCGAACUCCAAGUGGAAUUAGACUGUUGCGGAGAUGAAGUUCAUACUCAAUUCAUGAUAUGUUGAUAGGUGCUUCUAUGUAAGUUUCUCGAAUUUACAAUCCGAUGGUAUAUGUGUUGGGUUGGACUUGUGACCUAUGAGGUCAUGGGUUUAAACCUCCGAUGUCAUCUGCCACACGUGGUUACCUUAGGAGUUGGACUUGCGACGGUUACUUUACAAAUUGUGUCAUUUUGUGCUUUUGAACAAUUUUUUUUUUUUUUGUGUGGAAUAUAGUUU